AUGAUCGUUUCCAACGUGAGCCUGAGCUGUGCGCACUGUCCCGGAGGAGGAGCCGGUGGCACGGCAGCGACGGCGACAGAUGCGUACGAGGAGGUAUCCGGUUCUCUGCCUCCUCUGUCCCUGAGCCCCACAGGGCACCUGGUGGUGGCGGUGUGCCUCGGCUUCAUUGGCACUUUUGGGUUCCUCACUAACUUCCUGGUGCUCACGCUGUUCUGCCGGUACCGGCUUUUGCGCACGCCCAUGAACCUCCUGCUAGUGAGCAUCUCGGCGAGCGACCUGCUGGUCAGCAUGGUGGGCACCCCGUUCAGCUUCGCGGCCAGCACCCAGGGGCGGUGGCUGAUCGGGCGCGCUGGGUGCGUUUGGUAUGGGUUCAUUAACGCAUUUUUAGGCAUUGUCUCCCUGAUUUCCUUGGCCGUUCUGUCCUAUGAGCGUUACUGCACCAUGAUGGCAACCACUAUUGCUGACAGCAGAGACUUUCGCCCAGCGCUGGGAGGGAUCUGCUUCUCGUGGCUCUACUCAAUAGCCUGGACUAUCCCUCCGCUGCUGGGCUGGAGCAAAUACGGGCCCGAGGGUCCCGGUACCACCUGCUCAGUCGACUGGAAGACCCACACGCCAAACAAUAUCUCCUACAUUAUCUGCCUGUUCACCUUCUGCCUGGUACUGCCAUUCUGCGUCAUCGUCUACUCGUAUGGCAAGCUGCUGCACGCCAUCAGACAGGUCCGCAGUGUGAGUUCGGUGGUGACCCGCCGCAGAGAGCAGCGAGUGCUGAUAAUGGUCGUCACCAUGGUGAUUUGCUACCUGGUCUGCUGGCUGCCAUACGGUGUGGCGGCUCUGCUCGCCACGUUUGGCCCCCAUGACGUUUUGACCCCUGAGGCGAGCAUCACGCCUUCGCUCCUGGCCAAGUUCUCCACCGUCAUCAACCCCUUUAUCUACAUCUUCAUGAACAAACAGUUCUACAGGUGUUUCAGGGCGUUGCUCAGCUGCUCCGCCCCCGAGCGAGGCUCAUCCUUAAAGACACUUUCACGGGCGACCAAGACGCUCCGCAUCAUCCGCCAGGAGGAACACCACGUGUCCGCUGCCGCCCCCUGUUCAGUCGCUCCCACGCCCAACUCCAUCCGAGUAUCCUCACAGGCAGCCAACAACGUGACUCUGUCUCCAUCGGCUUCUUUCGCUUCCCACGCCUGUGCUACUGCUAACAGCCCUAAACCCAAACUGAUUCUAGUGGCUCACUACAGGGAGUAA